AUGAAACGGAAGAGACUUUUCUAUGUUAUGAAAUUCUAUUCAGAAUAUAGUACAACUCGACAUUUAUUAGGUACGGUGUAUUAUAUCCCACUGUUCAAGCGUUCAAGCGUUACAAGCAAUAAAGUGUAUGUUCUGCUGCAGCGCCAGCAGCACAGUAAUUCUGAACUUAUUGACGUGCGUGCAGAAUUGUCAGCUCAGGAUAUCGUCAUGGUAGAUGUUCCACGAAAUUUUCGUUUACUGGAAGAACUUGAAGAUGGACAGAAAGGCAAAGGUGAUGGCAAUAUAUCAUGGGGACUUGAAGAUGAUGAUGAUAUGACGUUAACACGUUGGACAGGGAUGAUUAUUGGCCCUCCAAGAACUCCAUUCGAAUCCAGAAUAUAUAAUUUACGCAUAGAAUGUGGUCAAAACUAUCCAAAAGAAGCACCAACUGUGCGGUUUACGACAAAAAUCAACUUGAACGGCGUGAAUCAAGUUAAUGGCAUGGUGGAUAGGCGAUGUGUGCCCGUUCUCCGUCAGUGGAAUAACACAUUUUAUAUCAAAACGAUUCUUGAAGAUAUACGAAAGACAAUGAUGACUGCAAAAGAGAAUAUGAAGUUACCACAGCCUCCAGAGGGUGCCACGUAUUAGGAUUUCGUUUUUUCGAAUUUUCUAUGAUUUCCAAAUUCAACAGCCCAACUUCUCAUAUUUAUUGUUAAUAUUUGAUCGUAAUUUAAUUUCAUCACAUGAGAUCAAUUUUUGACUUUUUUUCGCUUGGAAAGGAAUGGAAUCCAAUUGGUUGCAAUAUUCAAACUACUAAUAGCAUCGUUUUUGUUUUGUACAUUAUUAUUUCUGAUUUCACUAUAACUUCACCAAACUUCUAAUGUUUUUAUACGAAGUCUGAUGUUUGAAUAUUCCAACGAAUCUCUUCUGGAAUUCCUGGUUGUUUGUAUAAGUUAACCUACUGGAGGUAGCAUCUUCGCCACUUUCAUUUUAUUUGAAAAAGGUUUAAGAUAUAUUUAUCGAAUGUUAUAUCCGCGAUGUGCGGUUUGUAACUUAGAUCUAUGCAUGGGUAGAGUGUGCAUUUGCGUUUUGAUAGUCGAGGUUAGAUAUGGGUUUGUGUGUUUGUUGUCUUCGUCAAGUUUACGGAGUGCUGCUAUCUUCUGCUAUUUUCUUUUGCCCUUAUGCCAUCUCUACUUUUAAUUUUAAUUAUUUCAAAAGAACACUCUUGUUUGUCAUGUUAUAAUUAGGAUCUUGCGGAAUUUCAUGAGUACUAAAUUAAAGUAAUAUAUUUUCUAAUUAUGUUCGACAUUUAUGUUGACAAUGUUGUGUAGCAGAUUAAUUGUUUUUCGUGUGG